GUCAGGGGUUCUCAGGAGGGGCGUGCUGAUGCUCCUCCAACUCUUUCCGACGUUUCAAUCUCGAUUUUUUUUUAGUCUGUUCGAACAGCGUCGCGUUUCACCCCUCGUCCCUUCUCUUCCGUUUGUUUCAGCGCGUCAUUUCUAGCUUCCGCUCGUUAUCGCCUUCAGAGCAGCAUACCUUCGUUUGAUUCACCGAAUGCCUCUCUCCGUGGCGCAAUAAUAGUACGAAUCCGUCCUUCGACGGCCGUCGCUGCCAUCGCCGAGCGCAAGCGACCCCGAUGAUAACACGCCGGCCAACCACGUGCAUCCAGGUGUCAAAAUGAAAGCCCUCGGGCUGGCAGGCGCCAGAACCAGGCGCCUCUUUACGCGACAGACGCUCUUUAUUGCUCUCGCGAUAUGCAUCAUUUGGGCCCUCGGCGUGCAGUUUGGCGGGAACGUCUCAGAGCGAUGGGCCGAGCUAGGGAACCAGACGCCGGAUUUUAAAGAACAACCGAAGCGCAUGCCUACGCACAAUGUGUUGCCGCCGCUGGCUGAGCGAGUUGCCUGCUACGGGCCCCGUGGCCGCCUGCUUGGGGAGAGUCCCGAUGACGAUUUGCAGACGAGCGAGAUCAACGGCCCUUAUCCCACACCUUGGACUGGCAACUAUGAAGAAACGGGCCUGGACCUCACCGUGAUGAAUGUUGACCGGCGAUACGGGCCAUACGGUUAUGGAGAGGAAAGAGAAGACUACAACAGGUCGAGGGUAGACUGGAACCAGGUUGACUGGGGCCAGUUGCAAAACGACUGUUUCGAGCGCAACCGUCACCGCUUCCCGGCCUCCGCGACCCGGUUUGAUGAUACGCGUGUAACCCCCCCCCGUUUUGCCCUUCGCCACGUCGCAAAGGUCCCCGAGGUCCGCCACUGGCACGAGUUCCAGCCCACGAGGCGGACGGCCGUUGUCGUGCGCGCUUGGCGCGGUUUUGAGUAUCUGCCCGAGGAUAUGUACUACCUCCGCUCCCUUGUCGCCGAGACAGCCCUCAAGACGGGCGGCGAGUACCAGGUCAUCCUGCUGGUCGACAUGAAGGAUUACGAGGGCUACGAGAACGACAUCUUCGCGUCCGAGGAGGCAUACAAGAAGGGGAUGGAGGACGCAGGCGUCCCGCCCGAGUUUCAGUCGAUCACGCUCCUCUGGACUAACCGCCUAUUGGACAGCUGGUAUCCCCGGGUCGAGGAGCACUUGACCAUAUGGCAAGUCUUCCAGCCGAUGCAGCUGCUAGCGUUGCACUACCCCGAAUUCGACCAUUUCUGGCAAGUUGAGCUCGACAUGCGGUUCAUGGGGGACGCGGGCAAGUUCCUCGACAGCCUCUCCGCCGCCGCGCGCAGAGAGCCCCGCAAGCAGUCCCUCGAGCGGUCCAGCUUCUUGCACAUGAUUGCCGAGACGGGCGACUACGGCGAGUUCUUCCGCGUCGUCAAUGAGUCGAACAAAGGCGGCUCGCACGCCUGGGGUCCCAUGCGGGUGCGCGAGAUCCUCCCGAUCGGGCCGGAACCGCCGGUGGCAGACCCGCGCGACGAUAACUUCGAGUGGGGUGUGGGCGAGGACGCGGACGCGCUCCUGACCGCUUUCUGCCAGAACGCCAACACGCCCAACACCUGGAUCUUUAGGGACUGGAUCUACGGCCUGCGGACCGGCGUGCGCACCCCGCGCUUCUACUGCCCGCCCGCCAUCCAGCGCGGCUCCCGUGCCCUGCUGCUCGCCAUUCACCAGGCCCAGCUCGAUCUCGGCAUCCGAAUCCCGUCCGAGGCGACGCUCCCGUCGUUUGCCUUGUGGCACGGCCUGAAGCUGAGCUUCCCGCAGCACCCCGUCUUCCACCGCGACAACGACGACGUGGAGAACAGGCGCGGGUGGUGGCGCGGCGGUCCCCUCGCGAGCUCUACCGGCCUGGGGCCCGAUAACAAUGACCACCCGAGAGGGUUCGGGUUGUCGUUCUGGUGGGAGUCAAACUGGGCGAAGCACGUGUUCAAUGAGUGGUAUGGGCGGAAGCUGAGCGAUAAGGAGCCUAGACCUUGGAUCAUCAAGGAGUGGGACGGAAAGCUGUGGCUGCCAAAUAUGAUUCUACAUCCGGUCAAGCAUAUCAAGAAGAAGUAGGGCAAAAGAGUGGAUGUAAUGGUUAUUGGGAAGAGGUGGG